GUCCUUCAAAGAGAGAAACUUCCUCCGCAGGGGGCCGUGGAGACGUGGGCUAACAAUGAGGCUUUGUCACCCGAGGCGCCACUUCUCUGAAAUCUGAAGGGAACGCGGAAAGCCACCUUACUGCCAGCCACAGGUCUAAGCUCCCGCUCCGGGGAUGGAGAGACUCAGGGUGUGCGCGGAGAUUCUGCGCUCCAAAGAGAUGCCAGUCCCCAGAAGCCGAUUGGUGGAGGAUGUGAGAUCAGCUGAAGUUGAUCCAGCUCUCCAAAGCAGGAACUUUUCUUUUAUCAGAAACAGAGGGUCUGCUGUUUCUUCCUUUCCGGAAGCUUCAUUUCAGGUCACAGGAGCAAAAAGAGAGAACUAUGCUCUUCCUCCAGUAAUGGAGCAGCGCCUGAGGGGCAGAAAGAUGGAACACAGACCCUGUCGCCAUGAUGACAUGGAAGAGGACGACUACCACGGUGUGGAUGACCAGGAGGAGACCCACCCCGUCCGAAUCCUGCCACCAAAGCCCUUGAUGUCUGAUGCAGCCUAUGCUGACAGGCUCAUUAGUAGGUCCUCACUUCCAGAGUUGCCUGCUUCCCCUUUGAAUAUGAGCCAAAACAUCCCUCCCAGACUCCCAAAAAGAAACAUCCAAGGACCAUCAGUGGACAGGAGCCUGAAGCCAGGAAAAAAACAGAACUCUCAGACCAGUGGUGAGACAAAACAUCUGGGGGACACUGGGAUUCAGGACAUACAACCCCCAAGACUCCCUAAACGAGUCGUCAAGGAGCUGAGGGCUCCAUCUCCUGUCUCAGUAUCCCCCAAAGCCAGGAGGGCCACACACGCUGACAGACGCCCAAAAACAGAGACUGGGCACCAUCAAACUGUAAUGAGUAGAAGUCCUGUGAACGCAGGCACGAGAAGAGAAGCACGACCAAUGCAAACCACUUUCUCUCAAGACCUUGAAUUCUGCAGGGAGUCAUGGUCAGCAGGAAGCAAAUUGCCUGCGACGGGCACGCCGAGUGUGAGCGCGAGUCGGCACCACGAAUGGCCGCCGACCAGGGGAGACAUGAAAACAUACGGACAUCACGCCAAACCCAGGCCCGCCCAGAUAUCCAGUGAUCAGAGCUGGUACAUUGGCGCAUGUGAGAGAGCAAACGCUGAGCAUGCAUUGCACCUAAUGAACACGGAUGGGGCAUUUUUAGUGCGAGAUCACUCCAAGAGCUCUGCGGAGGAACCCUUUGUUCUAUCACUGCUUUCUCAGAGGAGAGUUUUCAACAUCAAAAUUCGUUUUAUAAAGAGCGCUCGCAAGUACGCCCUUGGAACUGGAUUACGGACAAAUGAUAUGUUUGAUUCUGUAGAUGCAAUCAUCAGGUUCCACAUGAUAUUUCCAAUUGUCCUGAUCGAUGGAAAGGACCAGUCUGUGCAAAGGAAAUGCACACUCACGUGCCCGCUCACGAAGGAUGAAGUUGAUAAAAUAUUAGGUCAGUGACAUGAGAGAAAUGUAUGCAGCUUACAAUUUGCUUAAUUCAAACAGAGCUUAUAAAUCAUUUGCUAUUUAUGUUGGUUAAUAAAUGUAUCAAAUGUGCUAUAUGUCCUUUAAUUCAAGUGUGUUACACCAGUGGGACCACAAAGCUGUAUUGAACUUAGAGGUACUUCAUUUUCAUUAAUGGCUAUUGAAUUCAGAUGCAAUGUUACAUAGAAAAUAAAUGGCUUUAGCUGAU